ACUAUGAGCACCUAUUUCAAUAUUCAGCAACAGCAAGGAAACGCGCAAGGCAUGUCUGGAGUUCAGAUGAAGGCGAACGCCUAUGCGUAUAACCCUGAGGAGAUUGAAGAAAAGUUAGUAAAGGGAGCGAACGCGCAGGGCUCAAACAUGCCUGAGAACACAAACUUGUUAGAUGAGGACACAAGCCUGUAUGUGACCUCGGAAAACCAACUUCUAGCAGCAACUUCCUUCGAGCAGAUGAGUCUUGACCCUCGCUUUAUCGAUGCCUUAUAUAAAGUGCUGGGGUUUAAUCGUCCCUCUUUAAUUCAAGCUCAGGCGAUUCCCUAUAUUCUCAGCCAGCCCCGUCAUCAUAUUAUCGUUCAGGCUCAGAACGGCAGUGGAAAGACGAUCUGUUUCCUCCUUGGCUCCGUUUCCUAUAUCGAUGAGAACGUAAAGCUCCCCCAAGUUCUCAUUCUGGUCCACGCGCGCGAGCUCGCCUUGCAGAUCGCUGAGGUGUGUCGCAAGCUCGUCAGCCAGACCUCUAUCGAGUGCACCUGCUCGCUCAAAGGCAUUCCCUUCAAUUCCUCCGCGCAAGUCGUAAUCGGCAGCACGGACUCCGUAAAGAACGCAGUGCAAUCCAUGCGAUACAACUGGAGCCAUCUGAAGUGUUUGGUCAUCGAUGAAGCAGAUCAUGUCCUCGAGGAUCGUCACUUCGCUCCGGACAUUCGCUCCAUGGUUUCUCUCUUCACCGCGAUGCAGCUGCCUCUCCAGAUCCUCCUCUUCUCCGCCACAUUCAACGAAAAGGUCAUGCGAUUCGCUCGCAGCAUCGCGCCGCAAGCCAUCGAAAUCCGCAAAACCGCAGCGGAUUUGAGGCUCCGAACCGUACACAUGUACUCGGUGAUGGCGGGCGGGUUCGAGGCGAAGUGCGAAGCGUUGGAGAAGGUGUACCGCGUGCUGGACGUGGGACAAACGUGCAUUUUUGUGAACCAACGCGCGGUCGCGGACCGGUUGGGCGAGUGGAUGCGAGGAAAGGGACACGUCGUGGAGGUGCUGCGUGGCGGCGAUAUGGAUUUGAAGAAGCGGGAGGAGACGCUGAAGGCGUUCCGGGAGGGGAAGACGAAGGUUUUGAUCUCGACGGAUGUGUUGGCGCGCGGAAUCGACGUGAUGGACGUGACGCUGGUGGUGAAUUUUGAUCUGCCGAUGGAGGGGAAGAAGUUUGACUCGGAGACGCUGCUAAGGGCGUGUCGAUCACGCUGGUGGAGAACGAGAAGGAAGCGGAGCUGAUUCAGGGAAUGAGCGAGUUCGGAAUGAAAGUGGAGCCGAUUUCGCUGGAUGACAUGGAGACGGUGGAGAAGAAGAUGAAUGAGGAUUUAAAGU